AUGGCUGUAGAUGAGCCUCUCGGCGAGGCCUAUGAAGAGAAGCAGCAUCAAGCUGCCUAUAUCUUCGAUCCUUCCGAUGCCGUUGAUGAUGGCACUCGGCCCGCCAAGCGGAGAAGGGUCUCUAAGAAGCUGAAGAAGUCUGAAGCCCACACGGUAGCCAGCACGUCGGUAUAUCCACGUCUCUUCGACGGUGCCGAAAGUGAGCGCUGCGCCCACAUUCGGCAACAACUGUUUGAGCACACGUGGUCUAAGAUCGAAUCAAGGAUUCAGCGCAUACUGCGAGAGGCAAACCAGUCGACCCUGCGUCAAGUCACGUCUUUUCUACAGGCAGCUCCAGACCAUGCGCCUGUCGGCAAGAUCCCGUCCGCCUUCAUCAUAACUGGCCCCAACAUUGCCUCUCAAGACCUCCUGUUCGAGCAACUCGCUGAGACUCUGCAACUUCAGGCAGACGCAAGCGUUGUGCGUCUGCGUUCCGGGGAUGCUUCGAACUUGAAAGCCAUUCUGAAGAAAAUGAUCCAUGAUGCCGUGGCCAAAGUCACCGACGAUGAGGAGAAUGACUUGGAAGUGGCCGUGAGCAAGGAUGGCCGGAGAUUCCUCAACUAUGAUCUCGAAGCUCUUCAUACCCACCUCAAGUCCAGUCCCCGACGCCACGUAGUCAUUGCAUUUCAGGACAGUGAGGCCUUUGAGAGCGGGCUGUUAUCAGACUUGAUCUCGCUUCUCAGUUCGUGGCUUGAUCGCAUCCCCUUCGCCCUGCUGUUUGGUGUGGCCACUUCAGUGGAGUUGUUUGAGGCACGACUCCUGAAGUCUACCUGCCAGUGUCUUUAUGGUAGACAAUUCGAUGUUGAGCAGUCGGCAACAAUUGUCGCUAAGGUCUUCAAGGCUGCCGUCGCGCAUUCCGAAGCACCCUUGCGAUUAGGCCCGAAUCUUGUGAGCAGUCUUCUUGAGCGCCAGCGAGACCAAGUCGCCAGCAUCCCUGUAUUUGUCAGCUCCUUGAAGUACGCCUACAUGUGUCACUUCUACGCGAAUCCCCUGACAGUCCUGUUUUCCGAAGAACUCGAUGAGGACGCGCUCCAUGGGGAAAACCUCGAGGCGUUGCGGUGUCUUCCAUCCUUUCGUCACUCCGUGGAAAUGGCUGUCAAAGAAGGCGAUAUUCAGCGAGCAAGGCUGCUCCUAGAGGACGACCGAUAUCUAACAACAUAUCUGCGGGAUCGCCUUGAACACUUCCGUCACUGGGCAGUCAAAUUCUUACGUAUCCUGAAGAUCAUCACGAUCAACAACUCUUCGUCCGCUGGACUCGCUGAUAUGUACUUGGACUCCCUUCUAAGAGGGGUCAACCUCUCGGAUCAGGAUGCCGAGAUCGGGGAGUCGAUAAAACGAAUGCAACCAUCCGACAGCAUACUAUUCCUGACACGGCUUCUAGAUGUAAUCGACAAUGGAGACCCUAGUCUUGGCUUGGAUGCAGGGGCGGGUGACACGGAGGAGGCCGUCAUGGAGCUCUCUGACAUUCUUGCUGAUAUCAAGCGGUUACAUCAGGAGAAUGAAGAGGAAGGCAAAGUUCUUCGAAGUAAGUACAGUGGACAGAGCAAGAUUGUGCGUACUACUGUUGUUGCCCAGAAAGUGCAGCUUAGUCGCGACACGGCGGCUUUGACCGACAACGACAAGCUGUACACCGACCUCAUGGACCGUGUGCUCGAGCAGUUGCGCAUCGUGUUGCGUGUUGAAGGCGCGGAGGACUUGGUGUUCAAUGAGAUAUGGUUGUACGACUCGAAAGCGCUGUACAAAGACGUAUUCAUCCCACGGCCAAGAGGCGUUGGUGAGCGAGCGCUAUCACGGCCCCAUGACUACCUAGGCUGUUCCUGCUGCCGGUCAAGAGAGGACCAGGUCAUGCCAACAUUCCCGACAACUGCCGUAUUGUACCAACUCUACCUCGAAACCGGCUCGCUCAUCAAUGUUGCCGACCUCUGGUCUGCAUACUACGCAAUCGUGGGCGAGGACAACGAGGGCGGGCUGGAUGAGCGAACUGCACUUGUUUUGUUCUAUCGCGCAAUGGCCGAACUGAGGGUCAUGGGCUUUGUCAAGCAGAGUAGGAAAAAGGCAGACCACGUUGCAAAGCUCGCGUGGAAAGGGCUUUGA